AUGAGCAACAAAAGCCCUGUUUCUGUUGAAGAAGUAUCGGAUGAGGUUUUAAAGGAUCACCUCGCCGGCUCCUGGGUGGAGUUGAAGAUAGAGAACUGGAAAGAAGAAGGUUGUAUUGCCCUUGCAAAUGUCGGCCUAGAAGAUCCAACGAAGUUAUGGAACGACAUCAAGCAUGUUUUGGGUGGGCGUUAUGGAGAAAAGAGUGUGCAUCCCAAGAUUCUUAAAACUGAGGGUGAAGAAUGCUUAUUUGUCGUCAUUAAUGAAAAGGAUUAUGACGAUGGCCGUACCCCUCUCGCCCAGCAAAUCAUGAAGAAAACCAGGGCUAUCGAUCUUGAAUUCUUAGAGGAACCGGCCGUGGGUAAAGCCCUCGUCAAGUGUGAGAAUCAAUUCAAUAAAUGGUUCUCUAUUUAG